AUGCAAGUUGUCUAUGUGAGACUGCUCCUUUUCAGUGUGACCUGGGCAGCUACAACAUUUCAACCGCAGACUGUGAACACUAGGCGAGGCCAAGUAGAAGGACAGAGGCAGGAAGAAAAAAGCAAAGGCCAUAUUGCUCUUCAUCACUUUGACAAGAGAAGAAACCAAGAGCUGUCAUAUCAUGAAAAUAGUGUCUUGGAAAAUGAGAAAGUUGUGUCCAUUUUUGAAGCCAAUGGCAAUAGCCAAAGUAGUAAAUCCCCACAUCUCUCUGCAAACAGAAAAACUCGGAAGGAAGAGUAUAGAGUCAUUGGCAAAGGGAAGGCCCAUGAGGACCGAGUGGUUCCCAUGUAUCCUGAAUCCACUGGGCCCAAAGGAGCUGCAGAUGGUGGCAAUAGUGCCAGGAGCCCAGUUGUCCAAGAAGGAUAUGACACAGCUCUUGUCAGAAACAAGAUGCAAAGUGUUCGGAGGCCAAUGACGGUGACAGAACAGUGGGAGGAAGACAAGGAUAAGAGCCCUAGAAACAUUCCAAGAAAAAUUCCAGCAGAUGUCAACUAUGCUAACGCCCACUCCAAAGGUAAGAAGAGUCAUCAGCCAGUUGCGAGAGCCCAAAAUAGCCCCGUAAAAGGCAAGAGUACUUGGCGAAUCCGACGCAGCACCCACUACCUGCCACAACUCUCCAAAGUUCGAAGAAUCCCCAGUGAUUUUGAAGGCAGUGGUUAUACAGAUCUCCAAGGGAGAGGGGACAGUGACAGCUCUCCUUUCAGUGGAGAUGGCCAACCUUUUAAAGACGUCCUUCGCAAAGGAGAAGCUGGUGGUCCUGACCUAAAAAGCACAGAUAGACAAACAGGGCUCUUAGGUCUCAGUGAAACUGAGCCUAUAAAUGCUGACACAAGGGGCCUGGGGCCAAAUGAGAUUCCAGAGGGAGAGGAAGGUGGGGACCAUGGCCUCACAGCCAGGGCCGAGACUGUGAAGGAGACAGGGGAGGGCAGCAGCGACAUCACUGGCAGCACCAACUUCAGGGACCUCCCAGGGAAGGAAGGAAACAGAGUGGACACCAGCAGCCAGAAUGCUCACCGGGGGAAAAUAGAGCUUCAUUAUCCAGGUGUGCCCUUGCAAGGGCAAACCAAAGGAGGAAGUGGAGUUUCCACAGAAAGUGCCACUCACAAUGAAAUUCCCAGGCAUGGCACAGGUGCUACUAGAAAAGCUACAGAGCUCUCUGGUAGGAACCAAGUGACCUUAAGUGAAAAACACCAAUUUUCUGGUAAGGGGGAAAGCCAGGGCCUGAUUAUUCCAUUUCAUGGUCUUGAUAAUGAAGUCAGUUCCCAUUAUGGCCCCCACAAUGAGGGGAGUAGAAUAACACACCGCAGGAAGACUCCCUAUGUAUCCCAUGGGCAGAAUGACACUGUGCCAGGCAAGGGUGGGCCACAAAGGAGGGGCUCCUGGGCCUACAGAAGAACCCAUUCUCACAGGGGGUUCAGCUCCCCUAGGAGGGGUGAUAGCAGUGAGUCCUCUGACAGCAGCAGCUCAAGUGAGAGUGGUGGCCACUAG